CAUAUAUAUGCAUGCAAAUGUCUCAUUUUAUACUUAUACUUUAUUUUGGAUGUAUUCCAUUUUGCAGUCUCGAAGCCAGCACCCCAUUGGGAAGGAACAGCAGUAAUCAACGGAGAGUUUAAAGAGCUGAAAUUAACAGAUUACCACGGAAAAUAUCUUGUCUUCUUCUUCUACCCUCUUGACUUCACGUUUGUGUGUCCGACGGAGAUCAUCGCCUUCAGUGACCGAAUUGAAGAGUUUAAAGCAAUAAACACUGAAGUAGUGGCAUGUUCAGUUGACUCUCAGUUCACACACUUAGCAUGGAUUAAUACGCCACGAAAACAAGGAGGACUUGGGCCACUGAAGAUCCCACUUCUUUCAGAUCUGACGCACCAAAUUUCAAAAGAUUAUGGAGUAUAUCUGGAGGACCAAGGACACACUCUUAGAGGCCUCUUCAUUAUUGAUGAUAAGAGGGUCCUUCGACAGAUCACAAUGAAUGACCUUCCUGUUGGCAGAUCAGUGGAUGAAACACUUCGUUUGGUUCAAGCAUUCCAGUACACCGAUAAACAUGGAGAAGUUUGCCCUGCUGGUUGGAAGCCUGGCAGUGAAACUAUAAUCCCAGAUCCUGCUGGAAAACUGAAGUAUUUUGAUAAACUAAACUGAAAUUUGCUUCUCCUGACCUACACAAAUUACAUACAACUUUAAAAACCUGCCAAUAAAGUUUCAUUAAUUUUGUUAUA